GGACUUUCAAUCAGGACAGCAAGGUGAGCAGAACAGUCAUACAUACAUAUAUCCCCCCUUGCGGGUGCGUUCCUUGCGGCGCUGCCCAUCAGUGGUGGCAGACGCAGCAAAGAGGGACAAGAUCCUCGCAAGCGUGCAUGGCUGGUCGUUUUCGCUUCCAAGUUUUUUUGUUGCUCAGGGGUUCACUUUGGCAACUGCGCUUGUCCAUCGGUCCGCUCUGCCAAUGAGCCGGUCGUGUCAGGAGAAGGAGAUUGGCGUUUCAUGUUCCCUAUCGCUGUCGUCAUUUGUUCAUUUGCAUGCAUGGUGCCGCUGGCCAACUCUGCUGUGCUCUUGCCCGAUUGAUCACUGACCCGGUCCCCCAUUUAGAUCAGCGGUCCGCCGGAUUGCUCCUGAACCUUUCAUCCAACAAUCCCUUCCGCAAUCGCGCAGCGUCGCCUCUUGCUUCGCCAGCCCUAGUUUCCCCCUUUGACGACCCGCCUCCGCGACCACUUUCGCGCAACCCGUUUCUCGACCCCGCCGUCGCCGGCAGGUCAAGCUUCUCAGAUAUUCGAUCCGCCUCGGACACGAUGUCGUCCGACAAGAGGCCGUCGCUCACGGCCGAAGAUAUCUUCGGUUCCUUGACACUCGAGGACUCAAAGUCCAAACCGGCUGCCCCGCCGCCGCGAUCGGAUGCUGGGAAACCACCAGCACCCCCAAUGGGUCGCCGUGGUCCGCCGCCUCCCAUGCGCGAGGGCGUGCCGCCACCCAAUCGGAGGGGUCCGCCACCGAAUCACCGUCCGACCCGAUCGCAGGAAGAGGCUCUCCGCGCCAAAAGGAUGCAAGAGAACGGCGACAGAGCCGAUCGUCCGAAUCCGUCUCGUUCCCCGCAGCGGCGUCCAGAUAGGCGGCCGCGUAGGAACUCGGAAUCCUCCAUCUUGGACGUCGACAGAGGAAUGACCGAGGAAGAGAAGAAGCAGCGCGAACUGAGGCGACGCGAGCGUGAACGCCGGCACCGUGAGAACAAGGAUAAGAAACCUGCGAGCCGCAAGCUUGACAUCAUUGACCAGUUGGAUGCGACGGGCAUCUACGGAGUGGGGAUGUUCCACCACGACGGACCCUUCGACGCCCUCAACCCACACCGGAACCGUCAAGGCAGCCGACGGGCACCAAUGCAGGCCUUCCCUGAGGGUUCGCUGAACAACACCCUUGGUGGCGCUGGGCCGUUGAACGCUCGACCCGACCAUGCGACCUUCUUGGGACAACAUGACGACGAGGCAUUCAGGGAGUGGUCGAAAGGCGGCAAAGAGAGGAGUGGCGGAACUAAGGAAGUGCCUAUCUUCGACCCCCGCAGCCGCGGCGCUAUCCUACACGGCGACGAAUCCCUCGGUCUUGGCACGUCGACCUUCCUAGAAGGGACGCCAGCAGCUCGAACGGUCAUCCAGAAGCACGAGGAAGAGCGAGCGGCCGAGGUUAUGACCGAGGGUCUCCAGCGCAAAAAGUCGCUUGCUCACCGAAUCCGCAACAUGAACCGGGGCGGCCGCGACUUCCAGCCGUCCGGAAGAUUGACCAACCCUGAGGGUGUCUACGGCUCCCGCAGGUCUCCCUCUGGCGGUGGGCCGGCCAGCACCCCACUCGGGGAGCGCAACCCCUUCUUCUCCGAGUAUGGAUCGGCCAAGGGUGAGGACGACUUCACGGUACGCAGGACGGAGACGAACGGCAGCAAGGCAUCUCCCUCGAGCCCCAAGGGAGGAGGUGGUCUUGAGCGCAGGUCGACAACGGACGCCACCGGGGGCGACGAAGCGCAGCCGAAAGUGAGCGGGAUUUUGGGUCGCAUGAAGAGUCUGAAGGGAAGACGCCAGCGCCCGGCUCCUGCGGCCGGUGAGCCUGAUGUUGCUGUCCCAGCUCCCGGGACAGCGGUCUAGAGAAGUCGCUGGGUAAUGACUUGAGCGAGAUUGUUCGCUGCCGGGGGCUUCAAAUUCAACCCUCUCCUGCGCGGAUCUUGAUGGCAUGCAACGUGGACUCGGUUUCCAUGAUGCCCUCGUGGGACGCCGUUGGGACGCGGUGGGAUCAGGGAAUACAUUUCGUUUCCCUUACGGUUCUGUCCUCGACAGCAACACCCUCUACAGGCACAGAUCGACUUCAUUUUAGGCGGACACUGAAAGCCUGCUCCGUAUACAAACAAUUCACGGCGUAAGGCCUCCUACAUACCUAUCUAGCCUACCUAUUCCGAACUUGGUUGUGGCUCUAUUUUCCUCUUAUGAUCUUAUUUUCCUCUGGCACUUUGGG